CCGAAUAAAAACUGCAGCCAACUUCCGAGGCGGCCUCAUUGCCCAGCCGGACCCCCAGCCUCUGACAGGUUCUGUCCGCCCUCCUCGCCCCGUCCUCCGCCGGCCCCCGCCCCGCGCACCGGGACCCUCCAGCUCCACUCGCGUGCUCUCCGGCCCUCUCGGACAGCAUGGACACGUUCUGGUGGCGUGCCGCCUGGGGAUUCUGCCUCGUGCAGCUGAGUCUGGCGCAGAUCGAUUUGAAUAUAACCUGCCGAUAUGCAGGUGUGUUCCACGUGGAGAAAAAUGGUCGCUACAGCAUCUCACGGACGGAGGCUGCAGACCUCUGCAAGGCUUUCAACAGCACCCUGCCCACGAUGGCGCAGAUGAAGCAUGCCCUGAGCAUCGGGUUUGAGACCUGCAGGUACGGGUUCAUAGAAGGACACGUGGUGAUUCCCCGGAUUACUCCCAACGCCAUCUGUGCCGCAAACAACACAGGGGUGUACAUCGUCACAUCCAACACCUCCCAGUACGACACGUAUUGCUACAAUGCUUCAGCUGCACCAGACGCAGAAGACUGUACAUCUGUCACAGACCUGCCCAAUGCCUUUGAAGGACCAAUUACCAUAACUAUUGUUAACCGUGAUGGAACCCGCUAUACCCAGAAGGGAGAAUACAGAACUAAUCCUGAAGACAUCCAUCCCAGCAAUCCUACUGACGAUGACGUGAGCAGCGGCUCCUCCAGUGAAACAAGCACGUCAGGAGGUUACAUCUUCCACACUCUCCUUCCGACUAUGUACCCGAAUCCAGACCAACGGGAUCCUUGGGUCUCUGCCAGCUCCGACAGUACCCCUUCUACCAUUACCUCAACUGUACACUCAAACAGCCAUGCAGCAGCUCAGGAGCAAAACAGUCGGAUGUGGUCCUGGUUUGGUAUUUCACAGCGUGAGACUCAGGAUCUCACAACAACAGCAACGACAGCUCAGCUACUAAUGCAAGUCACCACAACAGGUAUGGAUUCAAAUACCAUCUCAGCAGGCUGGGAGCCAAAUGAAGAAAAUGAGGAUGAAAAAGAAAACACCCCCAGCUAUUCUGGCUCAGGCAUUGAUGAUGAUGAAGAUUUUAUCGCCAGCACCAUUUCAACUAUACCAAAAGAGAACGAAGAUUGGCUCAAACAGGAACCAGCUGUAUCAUAUCCAGAAGUACUACUUCAGACAACCACAAGGAUGACUGCAGAUGUGGACAGAAGUGGCACCUGGACCCAUGGAGAAAACUGGACCCAGGAACCACACCCUCUUCUCACUCACCAAGAGCAUCAUGAGAAAACCCAGCCUUCUCCAAGCACAACCCAGGCAACCCCUAGUAGGACUGCUGAAGAAACAGCUACCCAGAAAGAGCAGUGGUUUGAGCACGGAUGGCCUGGGGAAUAUCCCCAAACUCCAAAAGAGGACUCUCACUCAACAACAGGGACCGCUGCCUCAGCCCAGGAUAGUUCUCCAAGUCAAAGAAUGACAACGCAGAGUCAAGAGGACAGUUUCUGGACUGAUUUCUUCGACCCAAUCUCACAUCCAAUGGGACGAGGUCAACAAACAGAAGGAAGGAUUGAUAUGGACUCCAGUCAUAGUACAAUGCUUCAGCCUACUGCAUAUCCAAGUACAGAUUUGAUGGAAGACUUGGACAGAACAAGACUUCUUUCAGUGACAACUCAGCAGAGUCAUUCUCAGAGCUUCUCUACAGCACAUGGCGGCUUGGAAGAAGAUAAAGACCAUCCAACAGCAACUACUCCAACGUCUAGCAAUAGGAUUGAUGGCAGAGGUGGAGGAAGAGGUGGAAAUCUUUCUGAAGACUCAACUACUUCAGGUGAAGGUUAUGUUCUGCAUUCCCCAGACACAAAGGAAAACAGAACCCUCAUCCCAGUGACCCCUGCUAAGACUGGGUCCCCUGGAGUUCCUGAAGUUAAUGUUGUUGGAGAUUCCAAUUUUAAUGUUGAUCGUUCCUUAUCAGGAGACCAAGACUCAUUUGUUGACCCCGAUGGGAGGUCCCAUACCACUCAUGGAUCCAAAUCAGGUGGUCAUUCAAGUGGGAGUCAAGAAGGUGAGGCUAACACAACAUCCGGUCCUGUCAGGAAACCCCAAAUUCCAGAAUGGCUGAUCAUCUUGGCAUCCCUCCUUGCCCUGGCUUUGAUUCUCGCAGUGUGCAUCGCUGUCAACAGUCGAAGAAGGUGUGGACAGAAGAAAAAGCUGGUGAUUAACAACGGCAAUGGAGCUGUGGAGGACAGAAAGCCCAGUGGACUCAACGGAGAAGCAAGCAAGUCUCAGGAAAUGGUGCAUUUGGUGAACAAGGAGUCGUCAGAGACCCCAGACCAGUUUAUGACAGCCGACGAGACACGGAACCUGCAGAAUGUGGACAUGAAGAUUGGGGUGUAAUACCUACACCAUUAUCUUGGAAAGAAACGACAGUCGGAGACACCACCAUUAUAGGGAGCUGGGACUGACACUUAACACAUGCGAUGUGCUACUGAUUGUUUUAUUUGGGAUCUUUUUUUUAGCAUAAAAUUUUCUAUGCCUUUUUGUUUUUUGUGUUAUUUUUUACAAGUCAGGUCCAAUUUAUAAAAAGAGCAUUGCUUUCUGAAAUGAGGGCCCUAUUAAUAAUCAGCAUGAAUUUGACCGUUCCAGUUCCCACCUAGAGGCCUCUCCCCCACUGAGGUGUGCUAGGGGUGGCUUCUAACAAAAGUCACAAAUACACCUGCCUGAUCCCCAACUUUCUCCCCAUCCCACCUUCUGAGUAGCAGCCACUUGCCAAGGACAUUCCCCAGGGCUAAGAGGAUUGGUCCCUGGGGCGAAAUUUGAAUGGGUCCAUAUUGCCCCUCCACCAGCCCAAUCCCCGGGACUUGCUUUCCCGUGGAGUAGGGGAUUGGGGUGUACUGGCUACACAUCCUCUUCUACAGACCCCUUGGACGUUUUCCAGAUGCUUCCAGGAGACACCCAAAGGGUGACGCUAUUUAUCUGUAGUAAGCUAUUUAUCUAUGUUUUUGAAAUAUUAAACCCUGGAGGUCCUUUAACCAGUAUGAUUUUUUUUAAAAAAUUACUUUGUCAGAGGCAUAAAAGGGCUUAAACUGAUCCAUAAUAAACAUCUGUACUUCUGCCUCUUUAACUCUUUGUGCUUUGAUUCUUCAUUUUCUAAACCAGCAAGGUCUGGGUCCCCACAGCCAAUCAGAGAUGUGGCUCUCAGAUCCCCUAACUGCACCCCCACAUCCCCCACCCCUCAAGUGCGCUCAGCCAAAUCUUGUAGAAGAUCAAGGAAGACAGUACUAUUUCAUUUCUGAGGUUGUCCCAAAGCUCUCUCUCCUGUCCUAGAACCAGAGUUGUGGGAGGAAGCAUUUCCAUGUUUUAAUAGCCACUUCUUCUCUCCCUCGAAGGGAUUUGUAAAGUCACAUUAAAUUUGCAUGACCUACCAUUUGUGGGGUUUCAUUUCAUAGAUGCUGACCUUAAAAGUGAUGUCCAAAAUAUAAUAUGAAAGUGCCUUUUGAUGACUUGUAAUAAAAGGAGAAGCCAAUGGAAAUAAAAGAGAAUGUGGUCAGUGGCCAAUUGAUGGACGCAUGUCCACAUUGGCAGAGGUGGGGUUGGGGCAGUGUGGACGCUGUGCAAGUAUUUUAUGGUUGCAUUUAUUUAUACUUUAACAAGCCAGAUGUCUCCAUUCUUCCUGAUGCAGUUGCUACUUGGGAUAAGUUCAAUUCCUGGGGAAUCCCUCAAAAGGUUACAGGGCUUCACACAACUGGAGUCAUAUCACCAGCCAGGCAGAUUUAUGACUAAACUAGUGAAUAAUGACCCUAUCCCUUGACCUCAUAUUUCCCCCGACUGGGCUUGUGGUCUUUAAACAGCCAGGAGGUCCCAUUGGUCCUUGAACUUCCAAAGGCUACUUGCAGGAGAAGAGAUUGAUAAAGUUAAUGUUCCUUUAAAACUGGACCUCCCUCCUCAGACCGCCAUAAAAAGUCACCUACUGCCUAAACAGUUAGGCUUAGUUGGCAAUGCUUCUCAGACUGAAAGGAGGAAUAAGAGGAGGAGAAAAGGUUUCACAUAAGGUAGGGCAAAGCUAAGAAUUGAUUCUGAAGGAUAUAAUUUAAAGGAGAGUUGGCCCCUUUCUGCACUCAUUCCCAACCUCUGCCCUCCCUUAUUCCCCUACCCCUCUGACCAUAGCCUUGAGUAACUCCUGCUCUUCUACGAACAUCACUGGCCAGUUCUAUAACCAGCUUUCUUAAAAGGAAAGAGACAUCAAGCCACUCUGAUGCCUGUGUUGAGUUACUGCCACUAGUGUUAAAAUGCCCCCUGCUUUCUGAGGGUGUUCCUGGGUCUGCUGCAGACACAGACAGGCUCAUUCCGGCUCUCUCUGGGUACAGCCAUCUGCUCUGGGGCCAGGUUCAGGAAGGCUGCACCUGCACCAGGCUGUACCUGGCUCCCAGAUUCUCUCUGGGGCUAUGGAUAGCCAUACAAGUCUCACAGUGAGGAGUGUUUUUCCACCCCUUCUAGAAUUCUCCAAAUAAGAGGUGGAGAUAGGAGACUAUCUUCGAUUUUAUUUUGAAAUUGAAUAUGAUCUGAUAUUGUUGUAGUCACUCGGGUAUACCUCGGUGUUCCCCUGAAAGGGAGAGCUGUUCACUUCUUUGCAAUAUACCUGCAAUAUUGCCUGUAGUUCAUGGAAUAGAAUAUGUUUUCAUCCAUUUGACAUAGUGGCAUGACUAUGGAAGGACAGCUUGACUACAUGUAGGCUAUUUCUACCUGUGACUUGCCAGGUGAGCUGGGCUAAGCCAUUAAAUUGCACCCCCUGUUUGUAAAAGUUAGCAGCCAGAAUUUAAUUAUUUUGCAAAGUAAUCUGACAGCUUAAGAUAUAAAUUUUCCUGCAAUGUGUCUUCUGCGGGCUUCCCUUAAAUUAGUACUGGGUGAAAAAUCAAAUUGGGCAAAAGACACCUUCAUAUCCAUAUUUUGUAGGUUCUAGCUUGGCAGAAUGGAUUUCUCCAGCACAGCCUUUUAAAAAGUUUUAUAUCAAGAACCAUGAAAACAAAAAUUGUUUCCGUUUCCAAGUUUUAUUCAAUAUUGGUACAGCCUCUCUGGAAGAGUAAAAUGUACUUAAAAACAGGAACAGUAUGUUCCAUUCAUCUUUAUGUUGUAAGUAUGUCUUUUGAUAAAUCACCUGUGUGUAAUUUUCAAAGAAUAGCUUACUGUUCAUGCAUGUACGAUGACCAUUGUUUCUUUGAUUUUUCAGAGCACACUCUUCCUCUGAUUUUUGUAUAUUUAUUGAUGGACCAACAGUAACGAGAAAAGCAUGAUAUGUGUAUUGCUCAGUUGAAAGCACUUAUUGAAAAAUAUUAAAAGGCUAAUAAUAAAAGUGUAA